CAGGGCUCUAACCCAUGAGGCCACCGCGCCUCCAAUACCAGAUUAGACUACAAGCGAAUUGAAUUGAACAGUAGUGCAAGUAGCUAAUCUUGUUUUAAACUUAUACUUAGCAGAAAACGAACGGAAGUGUCCUUUUCAUGUUUUCAUACCAGCUUAUUUCAUCUCAGGAACACGUCCAGUACCAAACAAAACCGUCGACUUUUGAAGGAACUUAUCAAGGAUUGACAAAAGUGGUCGAUGAAAGCUUCCAAAGUGUGCCAUCACAGGCGCUGCCCAUGACCGAACAUGAUCAUGUCACGCAAAGAGAGGAAGCCCCUCCAUCAGAGGCUAACGAAAAGAUGGAAGAGAACAAUAGUAAAUGUGCGAGUUCAUGCAACGUGGAAAAUGCACGCAUGAAGAUUAACAUCCCGUCCCAGAAUAACAAUAACGAUGAAGAUGACCUUUCUGCAAAGGACCUUCUUUGCUUGGCGUGGCAGAUAGCUCAAGGAAUGGAAUACUUGUCCAGUAAAGGAUUUGUUCAUCGUGAUCUGGCAGCUCGUAAUGUUCUUCUUGGUGAGGGCAGAGCGGUGAAGAUCGCUGAUUUUGGUCUGCUACGCCACACUCAUGAUGAAAUAUACAAGAUAAAGUACACGAAAAAACUGCCAAUCAAAUGGACAGCACCUGAGGCGCUUAGCAACGGUUUAUACACUUCAAAAAGUGACGUAUGGUCUUUCGGAGUACUCCUGUGGGAACUGGCCACAAUGGGCGAUAUUCCAUAUCCUGGGGUAAGCAACAAGCAACUGUACAGACUUCUUAAGACAGGAUAUCGCAUGGAUAAACCAGACAUGUGUUCAGAUGAGAUAUACGAGAUAAUGUUGGACUGUUGGAAGGAGGAUCCUGAUAAGCGACCGACAUUCGAAAAACUCAUUUUAAUACUGGAAGAAAUGAUGGCAAAGGACACUCCAUAUUAUGAUUUCAAUAAGCUUGCUGCGAGCGAUGCUUGCUACGAUGAAGCUGAUUCUGAAAACAGCAAUACUAACAAUCAGGACUCAUGGUUGUAGCUACUUGUUUGUGACUUUACUCAGAGUAAGUUCACGAGUUAAAAUCCCACUUGAGUCAGUGAUUGUAUGCGCACUGUAGCAAUUAUUGUUAAGACUGAUGAAUUUGGAAAUAGAAAGCUUUAUUCUUGAGUAACAUAAUGAAUAACCAGAUAAAUGACUUAAAUAGACAAUGGCAGGUCUUUCUUACAAAUAUUCAGGUAUUAACAACUUGAAAAACCAGGGCAAGUCGUUGAGUAACUUGCACGACUGAUGAAAAAACGUAUGAAAGUCAAAUAGAGCGCUAGAUGCAGACGUAAGAGACAGUUCUGUUUUUGUAGAAGAGGUCACAGCUUAUGCGAACUCAGUGUUAGCUCGACUUAAAAAAUUCAAGUUUAAUGUAUUAUUCUUACUUGAUUGUAAAGUUUUGUUACUGCAAGUAACUUAUGCAGUUAGUCACAAGCAAUCAAUGACUAAAAUUUUAUAGUCUACAUAUGUUGAGCUUACUGUCUCACUGACAGUAACUCGUCAAGAGUAAUCAUAAAUCGGUAUUGAUAAAAUAGUUUUAAAUUUAGGGAACGUACAGGCCAUUUACUGGAUAACCUGAUACUUAUGAUUGCCAAGAAAUCGAGUGGCAUGGGUUAACUGAGAACUCCAAGAGAUUUUGAAAGAAAGUUGUAUAAGACUUGUAUAUAAACAACCAUUUGUUAUCGUACUCAAACGCAUAAACCGUAAUCAAAUUAAAGACGAUCAAGAUAG